UCACCACCGUCUUCGUCGUUUCUUCGUGGUUUCCGAUCGACAUUCGGGUAGGUCUAGGCGCAACCUACCCAAACUAAGCGACAGGGAGCCUGGCAGCCAGCAGCACCUCGGAAAAUUACUUGCAAUAAUGAAAUUAGUUUAAGAGAAGUGCUCGCAUGAGAAGCACUUGGAGCGGGUUUUGUGUUUCCCCUUUUUCCAAAGCCGUUUUCGGAUUUGCCAGUUUUCUGUUCGACUAGAAAUCAUAUACUAGGCUCCCAGGACCCCAACAGGGAGUUUGAGUCCAAGUGCUAACAGUUUUAUUUUCGAAUCGGUCGACCACACAAUCCCAACGCCGAGUGUAACGUUGAAGUUUCGUCUGAUAAGUUCGGAAAAGUUUAAGUUCUGGAAAAUAGUUUGACACAAAGUUUCAAAGUUUGAUCUGUCGGUUCGUAGAGAGGAAGAAUUUUUCAGGAAAAAAGUUAAAUCGCAUCGAAUCCCUUAGUGAUGUGACACAGUUCUGGAGUGAAUUCCAUCGAAAAAAAUUUUCCAUCCCAGAAACGAGGAUAUUAAGACCCCAUCGAACACCCCUCGAAGAGAUGCUGCGCUGAGUGCGUUCGUCGAUAAUCCACACACGCCAAACAGAGCUGCGUCGAGAGUUUGGGAAAGUUUUGCAAAAGUGCGCGCCAAUCUAUCGGGCCCCCCUCAGUCGAGAGAAAUCCCCGCAGAAAAAUACCUUUUCUUCCGUCGUCCGGUCCAGUGAGCUGGGAUUUUAGCGCCACCAGGAAGGAUUUCCCUGCCAGCGAAGCGUAGCGCAAAAUCUGAAUAAUCUGGAUCAACUCCAAACGGAUGAUAGCAGUGAAUGGUAGUUGAGGGUGGAUGAGUGGAUCGCAUGAAACCAAAAAGGGCGUAUGUGUGUGAUGGCGGCAGGUGAAAAAGUGUUGUGAGGAAUUGAAGUUAUUAGAGCUACCCCCAAUUGAAAUCUUUCGUUGAAGUGAGGGGAAAAGAGAAAAAUUGUUGCACACAGUGAUUUUCGUAGAAGUUUGAAGAUUUUUCCUUGACGGUGCAAAAAAGAGGUGUGAAUCUGAAAGUGCUUCAAGAAAAGUGGAACAAACAGGAUUUCUACAGGUUUUGUUGAAGCGGGAGAAUAGUACUUGCUAGUUUAUAGGGAGAACGGAGAGUCCAGGAGGACAUCCGAAGUGUGGAACGUUUCCUGCUAAGAAGACAGAACAGUCCGAUGAUGGAGUUUAGAGCAGGAGUAUUCUGGCUUUCGUGCCUGGUUCUGCUGUUUAAUCAAGGAAAUGUACUCGCACAAACGAAACGCACAUUCCGAACCGGAGCUGCUCAGCCUCGUGCCCUCGGGUCCAACCCCCGGUCCAGCCACUCAUCUUCCGUGGAUUUCAACUGCCCGGAAGAGUUCGGCUACUAUCCACACCCCACAGACUGCUCGCAGUACUAUGUAUGCGUUUUUGGUGGGGCCCUGCUGGAAAGCUGUACCGGAGGGCUGAUGUACAGUCACGAGCUGCAAACCUGUGACUGGCCGCGUAACGUGGGCUGUGACCUCCCGGCGCUGAGCAGCCCUUCCGCACCAGAACGAGCAGCCGUUACUCCACGCGUUCCGCAAGUCCUUUCGCGGAUCCGUUUCUCCAGUGUUCCAUCGGCGCCUUCCGCACCAUCGGCUCCGUCCGGACCAAGCGGUCCUUCGGGACCUUCCGGCCCUGAACCCUCGGCACCUGCACGCAUCCAACAGGUUCAUUCUCUGCCACCACCACCACCGCCAGCAAAUCUCAAUCCGGUGAUCACUACUCGUGGACAACCCAAGAACUCCCCACAGGAAGAUAUUGCCAAGCUCUACGAGGAAGCUCACGACACUCUGCCACCCGUCGAAGAGGAAGAAUCCAGCCGUCCACAGCGUAUCUACCGUGGUCAGCCUAGCACCGUCACUCAGGUUCAGCGUGAUCGGGACGGAAUCCUGCAGCAACCGAGCGUAAAUGCUAUUCCAACCCAGGCUAAAGUAGGUUCCUUUGCGUACAGUGCCCAGCCGCAACCUUUCAGUGACGAAGACAAACUGCAAGACCUAGACCACGAAGCGAACACCAAAACGCACGAUCGCAAAAAACGUGACGUUCCUUCAGACGAACUGGCCAGCCAGGACAAAACAAUCGAUCCUAUCGAUACCGCAGAUAAAACAAACGAAAACCGACAUGUCAAACGUUCUAACCCAGAUGAAACCGCUCAAGCUGGAGAACUUCUGGUUCCAGCUGAUCUGGAGGUAACCGCUGAUGGAGUGGAGAGUGGUCGCAGUGCUCGACAGCUAAGGCCAUUGGGAAACUGGCAGUACAGAUCGUUGGACACUGCACUCUCCCGUCAGAAUGCCUAUCCCCAGAGCAGCUAUGACCCGUUCAGCUAUACCGCUGGACCAACACCAGCGAUCCAUAUCAAAUCUGGAGCGCGCUACUACCAACCUCAACAGUACAAUAAGAAAGAAAUCACCAACAACUACAACGAUUACCUCGAAGCAUACGCCAAAGCCAAACAGGGCUCACAAUAUCUUCGGCCAGUAGAAGUCACCCGCCAUAAGACCGCUGGUCUACAAAGCUACAAAACAGUUACCAAAAUAACGCCACAGGACAGCCUGAUCCCGUUACUGAUCUCCAACCAAUCGCCAAGACCGCAACAGUAUCAAACCGCAUUUACAGCAGCCGCUUUCGUGAAUAAUCAUAACAACAAGAAGUACACCACCCCGGUCCCGGACAGUGAUGACGAAACCAUACCGGACAACUUCGCUUUCUUCCACUUCGGCAACACUUACUCAUCAACGCCCAUCUCGGUCAACAAUCAUGCCAAACCAUCCGCCAGUAAUAAUCCUCAACCCUCGAAGCAACCCUCCCUUCAGUCUUCCCAACCACAACAACCACCUCAAAAGAUCUCCCCGUCCACCCAUCGAAGCCCCUACAUUGCGUUCAGCUCCGUCGGAGGCUUCUUCAAUAACCAACCCACGUCCAAUCCCAUCAAAGAAUCCUUCGUUCCCAUCCCCAAACAAUCAUCCCAAUCACCGUCAAACAAGCAGAAGAUUCUCGCCGGACCAAGCACCCCUGCACCGGUAUAUGAAAGCAUCAGCAACUCAUUACCUCCCAGUAACAUCCGGUUCACGGCCACCACUCCCAAGUCCCUGGACUACUACUCCCCGAACAUCUACGUCAACAGCAAGGAAAAGGUCUCGUCGAACAAUUCCCCCUCCUUGGUCACGUUUGCCAGCUUCAACGACAAACCGCUUUCGAUCUUCGAAUCAUCCACAUCGAAACCACCGGCGUACUUCUCGACCAAAUCGACCAACGGGUUCCAACCGAUCAUCAUAUCAACUACCCCUCGUUUCUACCAGUCAUCCGUGAGUCCGGCAAAAACGGAGUACAAUCGGUUCUUCGAGAGCAUCAAGAACACGCACAUCCAGCAAGUUGGUAAUGGUAAGUUUAACGACGGUUUGCAGGAUAUUGGAGUGCACUACGUGAAAAAUGGAACAACCAAUUUGCGACCAGUCCCAGCAGUGCAGCAGUACCAGAAACCGUACUACGGACCUUCGACUGCAAGACCGCUGAAGCCCGAGAACGAGUAUUACUACGAUGAUGAUGAGAUUGAGGAUGAUCGUGGUCAUAAGUACGUAAAGAAUACGUUGAACGAAAACAGAAGACCAAGUUAUUUGAACAAGCGUCCAACCGAGAAUGACGAAGAUGAGUACUAUGACGAUGAGGAUGAGGAUGAUUACGAGUACCGAUAUCCGGUUAACAAGUCAAAGUAUACUCCGAUGACGGAGACGAUGGCACCGAGACCGUUGACCAAUUUGACUACCCCGAGACCAAGUGGCGUUUCUGGACAUAUCAUGUAUCACAACCACAGAUAUGAGACAACCACGUGGAGACCGAGUACCGUGACCACGCAUUCGCCAACGACCAGUGUCAUUCCACCAAUUAUUCACUUCCCGGAUGAUGUAUUCCAGGGAAUCAAACCCUUCAGUGAUAUUCCUCGAUACUUGAACAAAUCUAGCUCGCGACCGUACGCAGUUAGGCAGCGACUUCGCCCUACUGCGAUUCCCAACGCUAACCUCAUUGACGAGACUACCUCCAAGGAACUGUUGCGGACAACCGCCAAAUCACUUAGUUCUAAGAGCAGUGUGUUCAAGACGACCACUACGGCUGCUCCAAGGACUACGACCACGACAACCACGACAACGACGACGACGACUCCGACACCUCCGGUGACUCGGACUCGAUUCCUUACGACAACUACUGUCGCUUCGACCAGUGAGACGACCUCGCGCAAGCGGUACACGGUCCGACCGAAUCGUGGCCAGCAACGCUGGCGCACUACCGAGACUCCCGAACAGGAACAACAAACUAUCCCUACGAUUAGCAUCCGACCGAACAAGAACCAGAACCGUAACAAUCGAUUGGAACUCGAUGAACGGCUACCGAACAGAGUUGAAACGUCAUCGCCUGCCCCAAGCAGAUACGUGCCCGAACAGCCCCAGAAGACCGUAUUGUCUCAGAGCAACAAGAACUAUUACAACACCAGCAACUACGAUCCAUCGGGCUACGAUUCGUACUACGCUGUCUAUGAUGAUGAUGUAGAGCUUUACAGAGAUGUCGAAUAUCAACCGCAGUAUAACCAGAACAACCAACAGUCGUCUCAGCAGCCACAGAAGCCAAUCGUGUCGUCAACCUACCGGCCAACCGUGGUCACAACCAUAGCUCCAACUUCUCAGCGAGAUCAGUCUUCGUACGUCACUUCUCCCAGAACUACCUAUCAACAGCGCCCGACCUAUCAGGAUUAUGAUGAUGCCCUUGUAUCACAGCUUGAAGAUGAUCGUUAUAAUCAGAAACAAACGCACACGCAACUCAGAAACGAAUUGAACUCAAUCUCAGAUCGUCCGAUUUUGGUAUCGUCAACGAUUCGUACCUUUAACAGUCCAAAAUACCAGACAGCCUUCGUAACAUCACCCGAACCGUUCUCACUUCCAUCAACAACCACAACAAGAACCACUACAACCACCAGAUAUACCACUACAACAACAACACCCGCUCCGCCACAGUAUUAUACUACAAGAUCAUCACAAUUGGAUGAAAAAAGCCAAAAAUCAACCCCCAAAUCAAUUAUAUUAACACUCGCAGCACGCGCGGGUCCCUCUACCACUACGGAAAGUCCCAUCCUUGUGUCCUUCUCCCCACUUUCCUACAACUCGGCCCGAUCGGCCAGUACAGCCCACUCAAACAUUUACAGACCAUCAAAAACCACAACGACCAGGACUACACAAUCCUCUCCCAAAAACCCCACACCCUUAGACAGUGACGCCAGUGACAGUAAAGCCCUCAGAGUCCCUCCCGAAAUCAAAUUCCAUCCCAUUCCCGAAGACAGUUACUACGACGACGAAGAAUACCCCCUCAGUAAGACAAGGUACGAAUACGGCGAUGAACAGCAAAACGAUAGCAGCAAUGAUCCGUCGGACAAGAAAUAUAUCACCCAAAAAUUAAUCCCCGUCAAUCCUCCAUCCUCUAACUUCGGUUCGUCUGGAAUUCGCGGUGAUUCUCCCUUUUCAUACGAUCCUCCCCAGAACUACUUCUCCUAUACAUUCAACAAAUCUCCGACUACGACAACUUCCACGACAACCACCACAAGUACUCCAAAACCCACAACAACUUCAACCACCACUACCACGACCACCACCACCACGACCUCCACUACUACUCCGAGUCCGGUAACUCAGCGUCAAAGAAUUCAAAGCUACAUUCUGUCAGACAUUCAACCGGAAAGUUUCAAACCCCACCGAACUAUUCCUACGUCGAAAGCUCCGGCCAUACCCGAUUACGAUAGCUAUCUAGGUCCGAUCGUUACUCGAACUCGCGGUCAAAACACUUUUCUCAAAGCUCUUGGCACUACGCUUUCUGCUACACAACAAUCCACCAUCGCAACAUCCACCACUGCAGCACCUGCUUUCGCGUACUCCUCAAUUGCACCAGUUCAGGCUAAGCCAACCUCCCAAUUUAUUCCAGACCAACCAAUCCGACUGACACUGAGUACCAGUCUUGGAAACUCGCGUCCAGAAACCAGCUAUCCAAGCUCCACUCAAUCUCCAAGAUACGUAGUCAGCCCCGAUCAGUUUGCAGCAAACAAUACAGUUCGACUUACACUUAGUACCUCAUUGGGUCAUAGUUCUACUACGACACGUGUCCCUUUCUCGCCAUCUUCUCCUCGCUACGAAGCGCGACCGGAGCAGGUACGCUAUUCCACCGAAAGCUCAAGACCUGAAGAGCUUAUUAUGACCACCCCCAAACCCGUCAUCCAAUCAACGCGAUACGAAAUUCGACCUGAACAUUUCGACAACAACAAGUCCAUCAGAUUUACUUUAAGCGCAGGUAUCGGUGGCCGUUCUACAGUUUCGAAGGGUACCGUCGAAACGGUGGAAUUCACCUCCGUCAAACCUAGAUAUUCACACUUUACUGAAUCCGAUGCGAUAACGACGACGACCACCACUGAACCUAGCACAACAGCUUCUACCAGUAAAGUUCUACGGUUGUCUCCCAGUUCGACACUGUCUCCUACACGUCCUCGUUACUACCCAAGUUCAACAUCAAAACCUACGAAGGUUAGCUUCCGUGACACUGAUCCAACUUCUUCCAGCGAAUGGGUCCCAUCCUACCCGGACAAUGUCUUUUCAAGUCCUCAAACAAAUACUCUUCAAGAAAUCGAUGAACAGGAAUCAGAUGAUUCUUUCAUUCCCUCUAAAUCUGAACUAAGCUAUCAAGACCAAUUAAGUGUAAAAACUUUGCCUCCAACGCGGUUCCCCCCACGAACUACCCCUCCACCAAACGCUGCUGCCGACAGUAAACGACUAGCUGAAGUAAUACAAAGUUCAACCACCCGAAGUCUAUUCCUCAAGGAAACGCUGAACAAAACAUUUGAACCUACUACUUCUUCACGUCCUGUGGUGUCCCCAUUCAGAAGCCUCGAAGUUCAACGCCAAACCCCUUCCUCUGAUAAGGCAUUCGCUUAUUCGACCUCAAGGGUAUUCUCUAACAUCUUCCGAACCACCACAGAAACUCCCAGAGAGUCUCCCCUAAGAAAUUACUUCCUGUACACAGGUGCUUCCAAGUUUUCGACUGUUGCUCGAACUUUUACAAGCACUACCCCUGAAAGCACAACUCCUACUACCAGCACCACCACCACUGAGCCUCCAACGACUAUCAGCAGCACGACUCCUUACACUACAACCACCACUACUACUGAACCAACCACCACUACCACAGCACCACUAACAACCACCACUACUCCGGUUUCUACAACCUACUCCACAUACAUCACCGAAGACACUACAUCGACUUCGGUCCCAAAAUCCACUGAAGUCUACCGUGGACGAUACAGGCCUGUCUUCAACCUGCCUAAAUCUUCCGAAAACUCCGAGGAAGUAACCACUCCUCGCUAUCGCCUCCGGAAUCGUGGUCCCUCGAGACGGACUUACACCCGGCUAAGGCCUACCUCCCUCAAUGGUGCCUAUCGUAACAAUAAUACUCUCGUACCUUUUACUAACACUGAAAGCACCGUGCUUUCAAUAUCUACCGAGUACUCCGAUCGUCAUGCGAGCCCAACCGCGUUGCCUGUGAUCGCGUCCUCGACUAGUUCAUAUUUGAACGGAAUCCGGACCACGGAUCGGUCCGGUCACGAUAGUGAUGACGCACCGGUCAAAGCGUCCCACUAUAAGUCGCGUUUUAGUGACAACGACAAUGAAGUGUUCAAAAAGACCACAACCCCGUCGGAGAAUGUGACCGAACACGUAAAAAUUGUUGAGAUUACCGACAAGCCCGUGUACUACACUAGCUACCAUAUGACCUCGACUGAAUUGAACUCUUUUGGACCUUCCAGCAAGACUGAGUCUACGACGAAGAAAUUCCGUGCGACAGUAGAGAUGCCAGAAAUGAACAUUCCCACCGAAAAGGAGCUGUUGUCCUACCAGCAGGACGACAGCGCCAGUCGCGAAGAAGACGAAGAGGAGGAAGAAGAAGAGGAUGAGGGAACUCCCGAAGUAGAGUUUACGGAUUAUUCAUAUCUUGAGACGACCAGCGCUGCUACGACCACGACGACAUCCACCACUACCGUCCGGACAGCCAACUCCUACAAACCACUGUAUCGGUCAAACAAACGAUACUCCACGACCAUCACUACCGAACUACCCACGGCACGCUAUACUCCCACCACUGUGAUAACGCAACGACUCAACCUGACCAGCACAACGUCCACGGAUGUUCCGAGUUCCCCAACCACCUCCACCACAACCACCACCGAAGACGUACCCUCGACGACCACCGAAGACCUUGGACCAAGGACUACUUCCAUGUUGAGCACCAGUACGACCUCAUCCACCACCUCCACAACCACCUCUCGCUUACCCACAACACUCUCCAUAAACAAGCUCCCACCGCGCGCAUCCAGGGUCAAUAAUGCCAUAAAGACCACGAUUGCGGCCGCACAGCUGCCACGCCGAUAUAGCAAACCGUCGUCAGCCGGGAAAAGCAUACAAUGUACAGAAAACUCACUUUCCGCCAAGUGCAACGAAAUCCCCUCGAGAGGUAGCAGUAACAGCAACAGCAACCGUAAUCGCGGAAACCAGCAGUACAUCACCGAUACUCAGUCGACUGUCUCCGCCAACCGAGGAACCCAUCCACCACGUGCUCGCCCGACGCUGAAGCCCGCACAGAACAUCGUUUCCAAGGCGCAGGAGUUCAUCGACAUCUACCGCUAUCCACCGAGCCGCCCAGAACCUCUAUACCCACAGCCGACCCCGGACAAGACUGCUGCCAAGUGCCGCAAGGACGUGUGCCUGCUGCCGGACUGCUACUGCGGCGGAAAGGACGUCCCCGGAGAACUUCCGGUCGAACAUGUGCCCCAGAUUGUGUUGCUGACCUUCGACGAUUCCGUCAACGAUCUGAACAAACAGCUCUACCAGGAUCUGUUCGAGCGCGGCCGUGUCAACCCGAACGGGUGCCCCAUCUCGGCCACCUUCUACGUGUCGCACGAGUGGACCGACUACAGCCAAGUACAGAACCUGUACGCCGAUGGACACGAGAUGGCAUCCCACACAGUGUCGCACAGCUUCGGUGAGGCGUUCUCGCCGAAGAAGUGGGCCCGUGAAAUUGCCGGACAGCGGGAGAUUCUCUCUGCGUACGGUGGCGUUAAGCUGGAGGAUGUCCGCGGAAUGCGCGCUCCGUUCCUUUCCAUUGGUGGUAACAAGAUGUUCAAGAUGUUGCACGACUUCAACUUCACCUACGACUCGUCGAUGCCGGUGUACGAGAACCGCCCGCCUAGCUGGCCCUACACGCUGGAUUACAAGAUCUUCCACGACUGUAUGAUUCCUCCUUGCCCUACCAAGAGUUAUCCAGGUGUUUGGGAAGUUCCUAUGGUGAUGUGGCAGGACCUGAACGGCGGCCGCUGCUCGAUGGGUGACGCCUGCUCCAAUCCGCCGGACGCCGACGGUGUCUACAAGAUGAUCAUGAAGAACUUCGAUCGGCACUACACCACCAACCGAGCACCAUUCGGAUUGUACUAUCACGCAGCCUGGUUCACGCAGCCGCACCAUAAGGAGGGCUUCAUACAGUUCCUGGACACGAUCAACGCCAUGAAGGACGUCUGGAUCAUCACCAACUGGCAGGCCCUGCAAUGGGUCCGCGACCCGACUCCUCUGUCCCGCGUCAACUCUUUCCAGCCGUUCCAGUGCAACUACUCGGACCGUCCCAAGCGCUGCAACAACCCGAAGGUAUGCAACCUGUGGCACAAAUCUGGCGUCCGUUACAUGCGCACGUGCCAGCCCUGUCCCGAUAUCUAUCCGUGGACCGGCAAGACCGGAAUCCGCUCAUCGCGGAUCGAUAACGACAUCGAAGUGGCCGACACGAACUAAGUCAUAGACGAAAACCUGUACUGAGACACCGCCCCGCGAAACAGAUGAAACUUUAUUUUGUUUGUGUAUAAGAGAGAGAAAUUUUUAUAUGGAUUUGUUAGAGCGAGAAGAAAACGAGUCAAGAAAAUCGGUUGUCAUGCGUGGAAAAAUGCUACUCGAGGGGGUCCACCGGUCGAACAGAUUGAAGUUUUUCAAAAGUCUAGCUGAUUCUUUUCUUUUCUCCGGUAGAAGGCUAAAAGAAAUGCAAUUCAACUAUGAGCUUUUUGUUUGAAUUUAUUCACUUGUAUGUUAGGCAGUGAGAUUUCCCAGAGACUGCAAUUCCGAGCGAUGACGAUGAAAAAACUGUUCACGAAAGCCUUAGGUUAAGUGUUUAGAGAUAAGUAACGAUCAAUACAAAAGCUUCGCACUCACUUUUCCACCACUUCAUAAAGAUUGGUAAUUUAUUGAAUAAGACUACCAUCGGGAACACCUUCCCGGAAACUUCAUCCUCCAUCACCAGCGAUUCAGGUGAAGUUUUUCUGAUAUUAUAUUCUUUAAGUUUUUCUUUAUAAUUUUACUAGUGUUGUUUUCCUGUAAAUACGUUUUCUAAAUCAUUUAUCGCAAACCAAGAGGAGAGUUCCGCGAAACAAAUACAUGACAAAUACUCACUCCAUAGUGUAAUCUAAAUCCUCAUCGAAAAAUAUGUAACCUAUAAGACUAUUCGACCUACAAUUCAGACACAAAACAUCAAACCUGAAGAAGUGGUGAAACGUAGCACAUUGCCAUAAAAUAUCAACGGGUUUGCCCUUCCAAAAGCCCACAAGCUGCACUCAUCUAUAUUAAUUCGUCGCUACAAAAUAUCCAAAUAUUAAGUCAAUUGCCAGUUAACUAGGUGUCCGGAUCCAUCGUCGUCAUGGAAAUUUUCUUCAAAUUCACGUUUUGUAUAAACCUCAAACCUCAUUUUAUUGUAAAUUUUAUUCCCUCUUUCGACUCGAUUCACUAAAAAAAUCGUCCGAUGAUGGAUUGCAUACCUGGAUAACGGCACACUUAAUUCUUGAAAGGGAAUCCGAAUUCAAAAAAAAAAAGUAACGUAGCUUAUUCUACAUUUGAGAAAUCAGUUUGGGCAGACUUGAUCGAGACACUUGUGAAACGAUUCGGAAACAAGAAAAAGAAUGACACUAAAAUUGAAUAGUGAUAUAUUUAUAGCUAGUUAGACAAUAAAUUAUAGUAAAAGAAAAGCUGUUGCUAGGACAAAUCUCUAAUCGUAAGACUAAAGAAAAAGCAAUCUAUUGUACAUAGGUAAGGUUUAUUCAAAAGAUUCCAUAUAUAUUUCUACACCGCUAAACUCUUUCACAUGAAUAUUCUAUGUAUACUUACUAUUAAGACAAAAACGAGUACAGUGAUCGACUUCUUGAGUAAUCGACUUUUUUCAGCAGAACAACCGCACCCGACGAAAUCCAAUACGUUAAUUUUUGCCACAAUUCAAUAAACUGCCUCUGCUUCCCAAGAGAUCCUUAUAUUCUAUCGUUAGGUAAGAUUUUCUCUGCAACAACCUGUACUAUAGUGAUAUUUGUAGCGAGUGAAGGCGCGAGAAGUUUAUCCGUAACAAAGAAAAGGGAAACACUAUUUUCAACGAAUGUCACAAAAUCGAAAGAUACGUUCCAGAGAACUUAAACCUAAAAGUAUCUUUACCGAAAAUGUAUUGUAUAGAAGAAACAAACGUAGUACCACGUUGUCUGUCUGCGCACAUACACACAAAAUGGCACUCAAUAGGGAACUGGUACGACUAUAUCGGUGAUGUGAUAAGCAAUAAAAUUGGACAAAAAAUGUUGAUACGAAAAAAGUGAGUGUACCGGAAGUGAAUCAAUAAAAUAUGACAAAUUUUUAA